UUAAUAUUAAUGCAAUUGUAUGUAAAUAUUCUUCUAUAUAAUUUUCAUUCUGUGUUGAUUCUUAUAAUUUUUAUCAUUAUAUAAAUAUGCCUUUAAAAGGUAUAAAAGUAUUAGAAUUAGCUGGAAUUGCUCCAGGCCCUUUUUGUGGAAUGAUAUUAAAUGAAUUUGGUGCAUCUGUAAUUAAAGUAGAUAAGAUUGAUGGAUUUUAUAAUACCAUUGAUGUUCUAAGUCAUGGAAAAAGAUCAAUUGCAUUAAAUUUAAAAACUUCUCAAGGUCUUGAUAUAUUUAAAAGACUAAGUAAUCAAAGUGAUGUGAUUAUAGAUCCUUAUAGAGCUGGAAUAAUGGAAAAAUUAAAACUUGGACCAAAAGAACUUAUGGAAACAAAUAAGAGAUUAAUAUAUGUUAGAUUAACAGGAUUUGGUCAAAAUGGACCUUAUGCUAAUAUGGCUGGACAUGAUAUUAACUUUUUAGGUUAUCUGUAUUUCUAAUAAUAUUCAGGUUUAUUAUCAUUAUUUGGACGAUACAAUCAAAAACCAACACCACCAGCUAAUCUAACUGAUUUUACUGGUGCAUUGAUUGGUGUUUUUGGUAUAAUGCUAGCAUUAUUUGAACGUAGUAAAAGUAAUAUUGGUCAAAUAAUUGAUGCAUCAAUGGUAGAUGGAUCAGCAUACAUAGGUAGUUGGAUGUAUAGAUCUCAAAAUAUAUUUGGUUUAUGGGGAAAUCCCCGUGGUAAAAAUAUAUUAGAUUCUGGAGCACAUUUUUAUGAUACAUAUGAAACAAAAGAUAAACAAUAUAUAUGUGUUGGAGCAAUUGAAUCUAAAUUUUAUGAGAUAUUUUUAGAAAAACUUGGUAUUUCUUCUGAUGAAAUACCACAAUUUGAUAAAUUUGAAAAAAAUCGUGAAAAAUUAGAAAAAAUAUUCAAACAAAAAACUCAAGCAGAAUGGUGUGCCAUAUUUGAUGGCACAGAUGCUUGUGUAACACCAGUUUUGAAUUUAAAAAAUGUUGCAUUACAUGCACAUAAUAAAGAAAGAAAUACAUUUAAGAUUGAAGAUGAUGGUUCAGUUACUCCAAAUCCUGCUCCUCGUUUAUCUCGUACACCUGGUAUAUCCAAAAAAUAUCAAAAGAUUCCUGAAUUGGGUGAGCAUACUAUAGAAAUUCUUAAUGAAUUAAAUUUUAAACAUGAAGAAAUUACUAAUUUUAUAGCAAAUGGAAUUGUUAAUCAAAAAAUGAAACGUUCUUCGCUUUAAGCGUGUAUUUCAUUUUU